AUGAUUCCUGGUUCCUUAAUACGCAACUUAGAGCAUAGAGCCUAUUCUUCAACGCUAGCGAUUCCUAUUGUACCUGAAGCCCGAAACAUCGAGGAGAGAAAAGCUAGAGUUAAUGUUAUUUCAAAAAUCAAACCACUUGUCUUCUUAUCAUCCAAUACCAUUUCUGGUUGGAAUGGGUUUACUGAUAAUAUUGUUGCCCAAGAUUUAGAAAUACAUACGAAUGGAUUCGUAUACUCAGCUCAAUUCCAUUAUGGCACCAUUGAUGAAAAUGCUGCGGAAACGGAUAUGGAUGCGCGACCACAUUAUAAAACACAAGAAAAUGCGAAUGCACUAAUUCAACUUUGCAACGAACAAUAUAAAAAGAAAAAGGGCCAAUCGUUUGGAAGAACGCAAGGUGGAGAUGGAAUGCGUCAGGCGAUGUGUAAUUAUCUCAUCGACGCCGUAUGGAACCAUUUGCCUCCUUCGCCGUAA